AUGGAGCGCUACAGGCUUGAACCCGUUACAGUAGAGUAUGAUCCGAUGUGUGAUAAGGAAAAGCCACAGAAAAUAUCGUUUGAAGAUGUAUCUGCUGCUGCUUAUAGGAUCCAGAGCCAGAUUGUAAAAACGCCAUGCGUGAAAUCCCAUAUGUCUAACGCAUUUGGAAUGGACAUUUACCUGAAAAACGAUUUUCUUCAACACACUGGGAGUUUCAAGGAACGCGGUGCACGAAAUGCUCUCCUUUUAUUAUCAAAGGAGAAUAAAACUCGUGGCGUGAUUUCUGCAUCACUUGGUAACCACUCCCAAGCCCUGAGUUACCAUGCGAACAACCUGAACAUUCCCGCCACAGUCGUGAUGCCCAACGUGGCUCCGAUCAUGAAGAUAGAAAAGUGCCGGUCUUAUGGGGCCAACGUCAUCAUCCAUGGACAUGACAUGAAGGAGGCUAAAUAUCAUGCCAUGACUCUGGCCAAAGAAAAGUCUCUGAUCUAUAUCAACGGCUAUGACCAUCCACACAUAAUGGCGGGACAAGGCACGGUAGGUCUUGAGAUCAUAGAGCAGGUGCCUGAUGUGGACGCCGUGAUAGUGCCCGUGGGAGGAGGCGGGCUGCUAGCUGGCGUCGCCACCGCAAUCAAACAUCUGAAGCCUCACGUUCUUAUUUACGGCGCGGAGACGGAGAAGUGUCCGAGUAUGGACUAUGCGAUGAAGCACGACGAGCCAGUCUCCGUGGAGAUCAGAUCCACUCUGGCGGACGGUCUGGCCGUUCCCACGGUCGGCUACAACGCAUUCGCCACCGUCAAGGAUUGCGUCGACAGAAUGAUAACAGUGAACGAGGACUGGAUAGCUCGCGCCAUUCUGCGUCUGAUUGAGCAGGAGAAGUACGUGGUGGAGGGCGGAGGAGCAGUCGGAGUAGCAGCCAUCAUGGCGGGUCUCGUGCCAGAACUCACCGGGAAAAAGGUGGUGUGCAUUCUGUCUGGAGGUAACAUAGACACGACUAUUCUGGGCCGAUGUUUGGAGCGCGGUCUGGCUGCAGAGCAACGUCUAGUCAAGUUCAAAGUGACGGUGAGCGACCGGCCCGGCGGCAUCGCAGAGCUCUGCAAGCUCAUCUCCUGCACCGGAGUCUCCAUCAAGGACAUCAUACAGGAACGCGCCUGGGUUCAUGGCGAUAUCUUCAGCGUGCGGGUGAAAGUGGUGUGCGAAACCCGUGGACCCGAACACUUGGAGGAGUUGCGCGGAGUGAUAGCGACUACUUACAGGGAAUGGGACUUCGCAGGCGAAUAUGAUGCUUACCCUCGCCGCAACAGCACAGAGUCUCUCGACGAUGUCUCACAUUAA